AAUGCUGCCAUUAUGCCAUUGUCGGAAAAAGAUAAACAAGAUAUUUUAGAUUUUCACAAUAAUCAAAGAAAUUUUGUUGCCUGUGGUGGACUUUAUAAGAAAUAUGGCAUAAAGCCUGGUUGUCGUCAUGGUGUUAUCCGUUGGGAUAAAGAACUUGAGAAAACCGCUUUUCUACAUUCUUCAUAUUGCAUCUUUGCCCAUGAUAAGUGUCGCAAUACAAUAAAAUAUCCGUUUACGGGACAAAAUCUUGGUAUAUUGUAUUUUGUAGGUAAACCUAUGAAUGCUACUGCGUAUGGUAAUGUUAUAUCGUGCUUGUGGUAUGCCGAAUAUCGGGUAACAAAAAUGGCCAUGAUAGAUAGUUAUUACCAUCAGACAGAAGUAAUGGUGGGACACUUUUUGACUUCGUUGAAUGAGCGUAAUGAUCGUAUUGGUUGUACCUGUAUUAAAUUUUUUUAUGCUGAUAAGCAAAAAGAAGCAGUUAUGCUCUCCUGUAAUUAUCCCACAACAAAUAUUGCCAAAAGCACGGUAUAUAAUAGUUGUAAAAAGCCAGCUUCCAAAUGUACUACCGGUACAGAUCCAAAAUAUAAAUUUUUGUGCUCCUCGAAGGAGGUUUACGAUGUAUCGGGUAAACUAAAAUACAUACCAUAUGAUGGUGAUGGUACCGAGGUAUUCAAUAAUUGUGGCCGGCAACCAGAGCUGUUGCAUUUAGAACGCGAAGGUAAGGAAGCAGUUAAAAAGCAUGAUAAAGAUUUCGUACCAGACCCUGAGACACCGGGUGUUGAUACUCCCUCCGAGUCGGAAGUAACUACUGCCAAACCUGGAAAACCACCAAGUAAACCACCUAGCAAACCACCAAGUGAGCCACCUAGCAAACCACCGGAAAUUGAUGGAGGAAAUCCUGAAGCCGGUGGCAUUCCCGACUAUUCUGAAGAUGAAUAUGAUCCCCCUAGUAGUGGUGCUGCGGUAAAGUGGCAGAAAUCAAACCAUUUAAUGUUUCUUAUUUUCUUUACUUUUUAUUAAGUAUUUUAUCCA